AUGGAGAACAGAAACAACGUGACUGUGUUCAUCCUCUUGGGACUCUCCCAGAAUGAGAUUGUGCAGCGGGUCUCCUUUGUCCUGUUUCUGCUCAUCUAUAUGGUGAUCGUGCUUGGCAACCUUCUAAUCGUGGUCACCGUCAAGUCCAGCCAGCACCUCCAAACGCCCAUGUACUUCUUCCUCUCGGUCCUGUCCUUCGUGGACAUCUGCUACUCCUCUGCCACCGUACCCAAGCUGAUGGUAGACCUGUUGGCAGAGGACAAGACAAUCUCCUACCGGGGCUGCAUCACUCAGCUCUUUUCUGUGCACAUUUUCGGCUGCACUGAGAUCCUCAUCCUCACAGUGAUGGCCUACGACAGAUACGUGGCCAUCUGCAAGCCCCUCCGCUACACAACCAUCAUGAACCAACGUUGGUGCAGCCAGAUGGUGGUGGCCUCCUGGCUGGGGGGUUUUGGGCAUUCCAUGGUUCAGACUCUCCUGACCACCCAGCUACCCUUCUGUGGGCCAAAUGAGAUUGACCAUUAUUUCUGUGAUAUCUACCCUUUGCUGAAACUGGCCUGCACUGACACCCAUGUGGUGGGAGCCCUGGUUGUUGCAAACACAGGGAUGAUUGCCCUGGGCUGCUUCCUUAUCUUGCUAAUCUCCUACGUCAUCAUCUUAGUCGCUCUGAGGACACAUUCCUCUCAGGAUAGACGCAAAGCCCUCUCCACCUGCACCUCUCACAUCACUGUGGUGGUGUUACUGUUCGGGCCCUGCCUCUUCAUCUACAUCCGCCCUUCCACCACAUUAGCGGUUGACAAGGUCUUUGCCUUGUUUUACACCAUUAUCACCCCAAUGCUAAACCCUAUCAUUUACACCCUGAGGAAUGCCGAAAUGAAAAGCGCCAUGACGAAGCUAAUAUCUGUGAAAGUAAGAGGA